GGCUCACCUCACUUCUACGAGCUACUGUACCUCUACCGUCUCGCUUUCAUGUUUAACUCUGCACGAACGCAACGGCGGAGGCUCGGGUACGCAUUUCAGGAAUGAUUUCAACCAGACCCACCCUCUCGUCAACGAUUAUGUCGGACCGCGCGUUGACGAGCGUGUCGUGGCUCAUCGACCAAUAGAGGUGUGUCAGUGGGUUCGUCAAAACGAUGCGCUCGCUUGGGCGGAACCCGACGGAGGCGGAGCUGCAAGACAUGAUCAACGAAAAUCGACACGGACAGCCCGAAUGGCACGACUUCCCCGAGUCCUUCGCGAUGAUGGGGCGUAAGACGCGCAACACGGACAGCCAGGAGGAGAUCAAGGAAGUGUUAAGGGUCUUCGAUCAGGACGGCAGCGGCUACAUCUCUGCUGCAGAGCUCAGGCGUGUUAUAACCAACCGCGGCGAGAAGCUGUCGGACAACGAGGUCGACGAGAUGAUUUGCGAGGUGGAUGUCGAUGGUGAUGGUUACAAUGUUCGUGAAGAUGAUGCUCUCUGCAUCGACGUGUAGUACAACUAGCCUAUCCCCGUUAACUAUUUGCGAGCCCCACAGUAUCGUACAUCCGCAACUUGCAAUGACAGAGACUAUAUAUAUGCUCUAGUUGUCUUUCUGCAUUUCCCGAAUGCCCCGCCUUUUGUAUUGUCGUGCAGUGCGACAUAUGCAGCGCAUAUGUCAUGGUGCG